AUGGAAGUUAAAUAAUUAAAGAAGAAAUCAGCAAACUCUCUGGGUUCUUUCUAUUGUUUGAUAGAUUUAAUAAAUAUCUAAGCACCCAACAAGCCAGAGAAAACUAGAUUCUUCAAAUCUAUUCAUAACACACAUGAGAUUUCUUCCAUAAAUUGUGAUACUAUAGAUACAUUACAGCAAUAGGAAAAGUCAGACCAUUCUUAAAAUGAUUACUUCAAAAACUUUCACUAAGAAGUUAAGCCUGAAAGAAGAAAAAGCUAGCUUUCUUUAUUGGAUAAGCAUGAUGAAGUCAAUUCAUAUUAUAUUUCUAGGAAUAUAUCUAAUUUUGAGACUGAGAUUGGAUCUCCAAAAGGAAGUAUUAUUUUUGCACAAUCAUAAAGAAAGAAUGUUGCUAGCAAUAAUCAGUCUAAAUCAAUCAUAAAUAGUAGCAUUUUAAAUGGAGCUAUUUCACCUCAUCAUUCAAGAAAUGUAUCGCUGCAUAAUAAAAGAUAAAUUAAUUUCAGUCUAGAUAUGCUUAAGCCAUUUUCUGUAAAGAGCUGUAAACAAUAAUUAAUUGAAGAAAGAAAUAAAUUAAAGGAAAAAAUGGGAGUCGAACUAGAGGUUAAACUAAAAAAGAGCUAAGAUUUGUAUGUGAGUUUAAAAGAAGAAAUGUCAAAUUAAAUUAAGCAAAAAAAGUAAAACAAUAUUUGUAUAGUUGACAAAGACGAAGAACCAGCUAAUUUUACAUUUUAGUUAAACAAAUAAUAUAAUUUGUGUGAUAAGUAACUAAAACAAGAGUCUAUUAAUAGCAAGCUUCAUAAUGAGGCAUCGCUUCUUCAAAAUAACAAGUAUUUCAGAAAGAAAUAUAAAAGAUAAGAUGCAUAAGAAUUCAUGAAAAGAGAUCUAGAGCGCAUAAAAGAUUCUAAUGACUUAAUAUAAAUAAAACAAAUGGAGGAUUAACACACACAUUUAAUAUCUGUAAGAGAAGAAUCCUUAAAAUGCACUAGCUAAAGAGAUGAUAAGAAACCUGAGUGGGAUCCGAGCACAAAUAAAUAUGAAAAUAGGUAAGAAAAGAAAGCUUUAUUUGAUAAACACAAAAAGAUAAUAACAGAAUGGUACAUCAAAAGCAAAUAUAGAGGAAAAAUAAAAGAAUAAAUAACAAUUGAAAAAAAGUAUCCUUACAUGUCAAACUAGUAAUACCUUUAUAAUAACUUGUACAAUGUUUAAGACUUGUAUCCUUUAGAUCCAUAUCAAGAUAAAGAUGUACUAAUACAAAACGAGAAAAAAGACCAAAAGCUAAUCAAGCUGAUAAAUUAUAAAGAAAGGUUAGUACAUGCUCCAAUUAUCAAAGAGUUAGCAUAAAAGCUUAAGCAAAACCACCAAAGAGUUCCUCUUUUAAUAAGCGAUGCUUUUAUGAAAGCAGAAAAAAAGCAGAAUAUACUUCAUAUUUGA